AUGGUUGAGAAUGGAAAUGACAAGUUUAGUGAGCUAGCUAAGAAUGAUUUGAGGUUCAAGCUGGUGGCUAAAAAGAAGAAAGUGGAAACGGUGGUGGGAGAGAAGGCAGAAACAUCAACAGACCAAUCAAAAGCAACUAAAAUACGGGAAGGCUUAUCACCAGAAGAAGGACUUUUGUGGUACGUCGCUGCCGACACGGAAGCGCUACUGUCGGGUUUGCAGUCUAUAGAGGAAUUCGUCAAAGGUGAUGCAAGCUGUCGAUUACUAGUCCCACACGCAGUAUACUCAGAGCUGGAAUCGCUGGGUCGGGGAGACAACGGAGCGGUAUCGGCGCGGCAAGUGCUCAGGAAGUUAAUCACCCACGAAAACUACAUCGUAGUACAAAGUAAACCAGAAUACGAGGUGACACCUGAAGACAGCAUACUACAGUGCUGUUGGAGUGUGCUACAAGAGGACUGCCAUGUGAUUCUCAUAACAAAUAACAAGAACAUAAGGAACAAAGCAAAAACAAUUAAUUUAGAAUGCUAUACUCUAGAUGAUAUCACAGUGGAAGAACGCAUUGAUAACGAAAUCGAGUCAGUGCCCAAAAAUGAUCUAGCAAAGUUGAAAAUUAUAGUAAAUAAUGAUAACAAGAAAUCAAUAUUAGUAGAAAAUGAUACAAAGAAAUCAGAAAUUAAUGAUAUUGACGCAAGCGACUUAGAUAUAAGAAGACUGAACAUGAUAGAAAAUACUCAAGAAAAAUCUAGAGAUACUAUAAAAGUAAGCGAUAUUACCAAAUUGAAUAAUCAAUUCAAUUUGGAAGAGGAAUUAGGAAGAUUUCGCAUAAAAAACUCUGUAAUGGAAACCAGAGUUAAAAGUAGAUUAGACGAUUUUGUUUGUCGCUUGAGUCAAACCAUGGAAGGAGCUUUAACAGAUCUUCUUUUAAAAGAAAAAACUAAGUCUAAAAUAAUGACGCCACCUAAGAAUCCUCUGUUUGAAGCAAUACAAGGAUUUCUAUUCAUCUAUUUAGGUUACAAAAGCGAACUGUACGAAGCAGAAGACAUGUUAGAAUAUUUGAUCAAAAACGUAGAAGAUCCUGAGACUGAUAUAGACCUGUCUUUAGAAAAAGUUAACACGUCUAUAUUUAGUAGAAGUGAUAUGGACGAACCAAAAACAGCUUUCAGAAAGAAUCGAACGGAAGUUCUAGAAUAUUUGAAAAAACAUUUUGCGGCGUGGCAAAGUGAAACAGAUACGACAGAUACUGUUGAUGGCUUUGAUAAUGAGCCAAAUAUACUUAUAACUUCUGGUAAAAACUUGAAUACGCUGUGUUGA